UCCCCGCUCCGUCCCCCUUCCGUUUCCCCGCCCCGGGCGGGUGACGCGAUCCGGGCGCGCCGGGCGCGGGCAGCAGCGGCGAGAUGGAGAUGGCGGCGGCGGCGCCGUGUCCGGGAGAGCCGGAGCGGCUUGACUUCCUGCGGGAGCGGCACGUGCGCUUCUUCCAGCGCUGCCUCCAGAUCCUGCCCGAGCGCUACUCGUCCCUGGAGACCAGCAGGUUGACAAUUGCGUUUUUCGCACUCUCUGGUCUGGAUAUGUUGGAUUCCUUAGAUGUGGUGAACAAAGAUGAUAUAAUAGAAUGGAUUUAUUCCCUGCAGGUCCUUCCCACAGAAGACAGAUCAAACAUGAAUCGCUGUGGAUUCAGAGGUUCUUCAUAUUUAGGGAUGCCAUUCAAUCCCUCCAAGGGUCCGGGUAUAUCUCAUCCCUAUGAUAGUGGGCACAUAGCAAUGACUUACACAGGACUAUCAUGUCUGGUUAUUCUUGGAGAUGAUUUAAGUCGAGUAAAUAAGGAUGCCAUACUGGCAGGACUGAGAGCUCUCCAGCUGGAGGAUGGAAGUUUCUGUGCAGUGCUGGAAGGAAGUGAGAACGAUAUGAGGUUUGUGUACUGUGCUUCCUGUAUCUGCUACAUGCUCGAUAACUGGUCAGGCAUGGAUAUGAAGAAAGCAAUAGACUACAUUAGAAGAAGUAUGUCUUAUGAUAAUGGCCUGGCACAGGGAGCUGGACUGGAAUCUCAUGGUGGCUCUACAUUUUGUGGUAUUGCAUCACUGUGUUUGAUGGGCAAACUGGAGGAAGUUUUUUCAGAAAAAGAACUGAACAGAAUUAGAAGAUGGUGUAUAAUGAGGCAACAGAAUGGCUACCAUGGACGACCCAACAAACCUGUGGACACUUGCUAUUCCUUUUGGGUUGGAGCAACAUUGAAGCUCUUGAACAUAUUCCAAUAUACAAAUUUUGAGAAAAACCGAAAUUACAUCCUGUCAACUCAAGAUCGCCUUGUUGGUGGAUUUGCCAAGUGGCCAGACAGCCAUCCAGAUGCUUUACAUGCCUACUUUGGGAUCUGUGGUCUGUCAUUAAUUGGAGAAUCUGGCAUUUGCAAAGUUCAUCCUGCCCUGAAUGUAAGCACAAGAGCAUCAGAGCGUCUUCACCACCUUCAUCAGAUCUGGAAAACGGACUUUAAACAGCAUUCAGAUGGCACACACCUCUCUACAUGACUGAUUUAGACUUGAAUUUAGUUCUGGUAGCAUAAUUGUAGCCCAGGGUUAAAAGCCAUGCAUAACCAAUGUGCUCUUUUAAGUGCUGGAGUCAUACAAUCAGAUCUGUGUUGCUGGCAUCACUUUGAUAGGGAGUUGCCUUCAGCAGGUUAUUCUGCAUUGUGAAAAGGGGAAUAUUUUGUUUAUAUAGAAGUUUGUCACCGCAGACUGUAAAUGGCUUUUCAAAUGGCUUUACUUCUAAGAAAUCCCUUGAGGCAUUUAAACUUCAUUUUAAUUUUAUUUUUUUAAAUUUGUGCAUACUGUGUCAAACUAUAUAAUGGGGAGUAUUUUCAAAAUUGUUUACAUAUCAUACAGUAUAGCACAGAACAUUGAAGUUCUUUAUAAUCUUACUGUUUGACAUAUUUUUGGGUAGAAAAUCUCUUAUAUUACAGUAAUUUCACGAUUAUAAGCUGCACCAUUUUGACUAAAAUUUUGAUCCCAACCCAGAAAUGCGGCU